AUGAGUGCAUCGGGACCAUCGGUCUCGCCGUCGGCGUCGCAUCUCGGUGCAGACCCCAAGAUCGUACGCCGUCUGUCGCAGGUGUCGAACAUCAUCCUCGUGCUCUCGGGCAAAGGUGGCGUGGGCAAAUCGUCCGUAUCUGCGCAGCUUGCGCUCUCACUCUCCUCGACCCCCGUUGCAGAUGGUCGUUUGGCCAGAGUAGGGAUUCUGGAUGUGGACCUAACGGGACCGUCGAUUCCACGCAUGUUGGGCCUGGACGGUGCGACGGUCAAGCAAAGCACCGACGGAUGGGUGCCCGUGUACACGGAUGCGUCGCAACAACUCGCCGUAAUGUCCGUCGGAUUUCUGCUUCGUUCUCGAAACGACUCUGUCGUCUGGAGGGGUCCGAAGAAGAACGCUAUGAUCAAGCAGUUCCUCGGUGACGUUCGAUGGGGCGCUCUGGACUACCUGAUCAUCGACACACCACCGGGAACGUCGGAUGAACACAUUUCGAUCCUCGAAUACCUGCGUACCUUCCAGCCUUCCGCAGUUAUGGUCACCACCCCGCAGGCCGUCAGUCUCGCGGACAAUCUGCGCAGUCUCGACUUUUGUCGCAAGACUCAGUUGCCCGUACUGGGGUUGAUCGAGAACAUGUCGGGGUACAUCUGUCCGCACUGCAAGGACUGCACGAAUGUCUGGGGUAAAGGCGGCGGCGAGGCGCUGGCGAAACGAGAAGGCAUUCACUUUUUGGGUAGGAUCCCCAUCGAUCCUGGACUGGUGCGCGUACUGGACGACGCCAAGGAAGACGCCCAACAGCAACUCAACCAACUCGAAGCGUCCGACAAACCCCAGGCUAUCGACCAGCCGCUGACAACAGAGACGCAGCAAGACAGCCUCACAACAGCAGGAACCCUCCUCUCGCGCUCAACAAUACACCGAUACAGAGACAGCCUUUCGUUCCCCAUUUUCCAGGACAUCACCAACCAGAUCCGCGACAAAGCGGCCGCCCACAAAGCCAAUCCCACAUCAACAUCCUAA